AAAAGCCAGUUGAAUGUUAGUUACACUCACUUUCACUUCCCCAUUCUACUUCCCUUUCUUCUCUCUCGGGCCUCAUUGACUCCCACGCGCCUCCAUGAGGCCGUCUUACCCACGCGCCUUCUGGCCGGCGGGAGGCGGGCUGGGAAUAGCCGCAAUGACUUACAUCGGCGUUGACUACAUCCGUCACAUAUCACCGGCAUGGCACGCGCGGCUGCAGCCGGUGCUGUGGGCCCUACUCGCUUUAAUCGCAAUCAUAAGAAUACCGUAUUAUAAGCACUGGUCGGUGGAGAUGAGGUCGGCGGUGGUGUUCAUAGCUUCAAUGAUAUUCAUGGUCGGAUCACUUCUCGUUGAGAUGAUCACUGUUCGCUCUGUCACUGCUGUUCUUGGUCUCGAUUGGCAUAGAAAUACACCACCUCUUCCAGAUACUGGCCAGUGGUUGUUGCUUGCAUUGAAUGAGAAACUCCCUGCAACAAUUGUUCAGAUAUUGCGGGCUCGUAUUAUUGGAUUGCACCAUUACCUGAUGCUCUUUGUGAUGCUUGCUUUCUCGGUGCUAUUUGGAUCGAUAAAAGCUCCUGGACUUGGUAUUGGUGCAAGGUACAUGUUCACCAUGGGUAUUGGGCGCCUUCUUCGAACCAUCAGUUUUGGGUUUACAAUUCUACCUUCACCUCGUCCCUGGUGUGCCGCAUCUCGUUUCCAUGUCCCUGCACAUGCUAACCGGUGGGCCCAAAAAUAUUAUGUUCCUUAUGCUUCUGAUGUUGAUGCAAUGCGAAAGCUAAUUAGUCGGGAUAUUGCAUAUGUGAAUCCUGGGGAAUAUAAGGAAGAGUACCGUCCAGACUGGGGCUUCAUGAGCUUUCUAUCAGAUUUCCUGCGACCUUACCCGUAUGAAGGAGCAUGGUAUAACUUGCUCAAGAAAGGUGGAGGAGGUUGCAACGAUCUCCUUUAUAGUGGCCACAUGCUUGUUGCAGUUCUCACAGCUAUGGCAUGGACGGAAGCGUACGGAGGCUAUAGCUCGGCUUUUAUAUGGAUGCUUGUACUACACAGUGCCCAGAGAGAAGUGAGGGAACACCACCAUUACAGUGUGGAUUGUAUUGUAGCUAUGUACGUUGGCAUUCUCUUGUGGAGGAUGACUAGUUUUCUAUGGUCAAUCAAGGAUGCAUCAAGAGGUAGAAGGUUAGAGAAACUUGAGAUGAUUCAGGGUAGAUUGACUCAAGCUGCAAAAGAUGGUGAUGUAGAUGAAGUGAGGGCUCUCCUUGAAGGGGUUGAAACGAGCAGCGAAGAGAACCAUAACAAGGGCAGAGCAAUGCAGUUGUUUGCUGUUGGUACCAUAUUUACUUCCCUUACCAUUGUGCUUCUGGCCUUCACAUUGUUGAGUGAUGGAUGAUUCGUAUCCUUCAGUUCUUCCAAUGUACUGUUGUCUGUCAAUUGCUGAGUUCUGCAAGUCUUCAACUGAAUUGUUGUGGGUUGGUAUCUUGUUCUUGCAGUUUUUUCACCUUCUGUUUCUUCUUGCUGCAAAGUUUCCUUUAAAUUUGUUGUUGUCAGUUUUUAACUACUAGCUUACUGUACCCGAUUGAAAGAACUUAUAUGUUGUACUUUUACAGUUGAGUUAUACGAGCUAGUAUGACAUAGGUUUAUACAAAUUA